AUGAGUAAUGAAGGGGUCACCUAUGCAGAACUGAAUGUGGUGAAGGACUCAAGGAACCAGAAAAGGAAACCGAGAGACACUCGCAGCUCCAUUUCAGUAACUGAGCAAGAAAUCACCUAUGCGGAAUUCAGCUUUCAAAAUGUUCCUCAAGAGCGUCUCCCAAUCUGCAGGGACUGCUGCUGCAAAGGUUUUCCAUCUCCCCCAGAAAAACUCAUCACUGGGAUCCUGGGCAUCAUCGGCUUUGCCUUAAUGGUCGCUGUGGUUAUAAUUACUACAGUUGCCACACCACAUUCUGAAGCAAAGGCACAGAUCAACUCCUCCCUGACUAGAACCCAGAAAGAUAAUAAUCUUUCUUCAUCACAUCCUUGUGAUCAUUGUCCAAAAGAGUGGAUAUCAUAUUCUCACAAGUGUUAUUACAUUGGUGUGGAGAAAAAAACUUGGAAUGACAGUUCAGUGUCCUGCACUUCCAAAAACUCUACUCUGCCUUACAUAGAUAGUGAAGAGGAGAAGGUCUUUCUGCAAUCUCUCUCAUGGGUCUCAUGGACUGGAGUCUUUAGGAAGAGCAGAGAUCAGCUCUGGGUUUGGAAAAAAGACUCAACUUUCAAACCAAAGAUGAAAGAGUUUUCCUCUGUGGAAGGUAACUGUGUCAUGCUGUCAGCUUCUGGCCUCACAACAGAUGACUGUACAGCUUUACAUACAUAUCUCUGUGAGCGUAAUUUCAACAACUAA